GAGAGAAGAAAUAAGGGUUCUAAGCUAGGGAGAAGUUAUUUGCCGGCAAAAUGCUAUCGGCUCCUACUACUGCUUGGAGGAUCUGUGCUUGCCCUCUCCGACGAUGCCGUGAUCUUCGCCCGCGGCGGGAAAAAUUGAGCUGGAGAAUCUUGCGCGCUUCUAGGGAUGGGAAUGUGGGCAGUGUUCCAUUUCCAUCGGAUUACAUUGAGAUGGUCAAACAGGCACAAGACGCUUGUCAGGCUGCUCUUGACGACUCCAAGAAACUUCUGGAAGUUGAAGUUCCACCGGCUGGACUCAACACCGUUUCAGGAGACGAAGAGGGUGGUAUUGAGAUGAACAUAAGCAUGGAAAUUGUCCAGAAAUUCUGUGCUGGGAUGUUCACCGGGGAGAAGGCUCCACGGACUCGAGUGUUUUUUCCGGAGCUGGCCGAGAUGAACAUAGCCAAGAGCGGCGUGUUUGAUGGAAGCAUGUAUAAGCUGGACUACUUGACGAAACCAUCGCCGUGGGAUGAUAUUGGACUCGGCAAGAAGGUGAAAAUGUCCGAGCGCACAAGACCAACAGAUGCAACGUUUGUUGUGGCGUAUCCAUUCUUCAACCCCAAUGAAAUGCUUGCGGUUGAAGAGCUCUACAGAGAGUCUGCGAAGGAAAGUGGAUGCCCGAUAAUAGUUAUCAACGGAGAUCUGGACAAGAUCCGAAACGGGUGUAUCCUUAAAGACCUUUCAAUAUUUUGGUUUGCCUUAGCGAGCUUUUUUCUCAGAUUAUCCGCCGUUUUUCUAUCCGAAACUAGGGGCUCUCGCCAAGACUUUCCUUCCGGACUUCGAGACUGUUUAUUACAUACACAACUUCAAGGGACGAUUUGCAGGGACGCUAUUCAGAGCUUAUCCCGGGCCUUGGCAAGUUCUCAGAUCCGUAGAGGGAGAAAUGGUUUGCAUUCACUCACAGGAAACCAUGCCUUCUCUGAAAACAGUCGCGCUUGAGAUACUGCCGUUCCAAUAUGGAGUAUCCGAACGUGUGUGACAGAUGUGUAUAUUGACGAGAGGGCGAUUUGAUAGCUUCCCUUUCGUGCUAUGGAAGGCCUUUACAAGGAAAUUAUCAGCAUUGGCCUCGAAGCCGUGCAAGAUCUUCCCGCUGGGAACAAAAA